AUGUCUUGGAAAAAGGAUAUUGAUUGUUGCUCUUGGGAUGGGGUCGCAUGUGAUUUAGUGACUGGUCAUGUGAUUGGGCUCGACCUUAGUUGUAGUUGGCUUUAUGGAAACAUCCCUUCAAACACUAGCCUUUUUCUUCUUCCUCAAUUGAAAAAACUCAAUCUAGCUUUCAAUAAUUUUAAACUCUCUAAAAUUUCCCCUGAUUUUGGUCGAAUAACCAGUUUGACACACCUGAAUCUCUCAUUUUCAAACUUUAGUGGUCAUAUUCCAUUUGAAAUCUCACAUUUGUCAAAAUUGGUUACACUAGAUUUCUCCUCAUACUAUUUUGAGAUUGACAGAUUUUCAGUCAGAAUUGAAAGACCAGUUUUUGAAAGGCUAGUUCAGAAUUUGACGAUGUUAAAAGACCUUGUUCUUAAUUGUGUGGACAUGUCCUCCAUCGUGCCUAGUUCGAUGAAGAAUCUAUCUUCCUCUCUAACUUAUCUAAGUCUAUGGUAUUGUAAAUUGCAAGGGAACUUUCCAGUUGAUGUCUUUCGCCUACCAAAUCUGCAGAUCCUUCGGUUAGCAGGUAACUUCAACUUGACUGGUCAUCUUCCCAAAGGUAAUUGGAGUACACCACUUAAGUCUUUGUAUGUCUCCGACAUGUGCAUGUUUGAACAGUUACCGAACUCAAUCAGCAAUCUCUUGUACUUGAGGGAAUUGUCUCUUGAGAAUUGCACUCUACAAGGAUCAGUUCCUACAAUACUUGGAAACCUUACACAACUUACAUCUUUGAGUCUCUCAUAUAACAAAUUCAAUGGUCAAAUACCAUCAUUUCUUUCAAAUCUUGCCAAUCUACUGGAUUUAUCUCUUUCGUACAAUAAUUUUAUUGGUCAAUUUCCUGAAUUUUUUUUCAACUUAACACAACUUCAGUUUUUAGGCUUGUCAAGUAAUCAACUCAUUGGCCCAAUACCAUCAUUUCUUUCAAACCUUACCAAUCUUCAUUUUUUAGAUCUUUGGAACAAUAGUUUUAUUAGUCAAUUUCCUGAAUUUUUUUUCAACUUAACACAACUUCGGUUUUUAGACUUGUCAAGUAAUCAACUCACUGGCCCAAUUCCAGUUUGUUUUGUUAACUCAUCGCAUCUUUCUUAUCUCUACUUGUCAAGUAAUCAAUUAACUGGUCCAAUCCCAAGUUCAAUCUCUGAACUUGUGAGUCUAAAAUACCUUGAUCUUUCUUCAAAUAGUUUAAGUGGUAUUACAGAGUUUCACAUGUUUUCAAAGCUCAAAAACCUUUGGUACCUUGAUCUUUCUCAUAACAAUUUGUCUGUGAUCACUACCGGAUUCAAUGUCAACUCAUCAUUUCCUCAACUUGAAUCUUUGUAUUUAUCUGCUUGCAACAUCAGUGAAUUCCCAGGUUUCUUAAGAAGACUAGAUCAUUUGUCUCAGCUAGAUCUUUCUGAAAAUAAAAUCCAUGGUCACAUACCAAACUGGAUGUUAGAGAUUGGAAAGGAUACUCUAUCCUGGCUAAAUCUUUCCCACAACUCUCUCACAGGCACAAUCCAGCUUCCAUGGAAAAAUCUUCAAUAUCUAGACCUUCAUUCUAACAUGCUCCAGGGAUCGCUUCCAAUUUCACAGCCUUACUUGAGAUUAAUUUCACUGUCAAACAACAAUUUGACUGGGGAGAUACCAGACUUGAUCUGUAGUAUGAGCUUCAUUAAGAUUUUAGAUCUAUCAAAUAACAGUUUAUCUGGUAACAUUCCAGAAUGCAUAGGAAAUUUCAGUAGUCUUCAUGUGUUAGAUCUACGGAAGAAUAGAUUUAAUGGCUCCAUUCCAAGAACAUUUGCAAGGGGAAACAACUAUAGGACCCUUAACUUCAAUAGCAAUGAAUUGAAAGGGUCAAUUCCACAAUCAUUGAUCAACUGUUCAAAGCUGGAAGUUCUUGAUCUUGGAAACAACAAGAUAAAUGACAUAUUCCCAUAUUGGUUGGGAAAUCUUCCAGAGCUACAAGUGUUGGUUCUUCGUUCCAACAAAUUGUACGGUUCUAAUUGGGGUUGUUCUAAGACCAAAAAUUGUUUUCCUAAGUUGAGAAUCUUUGAUCUCUCAAACAACACAAUUAGUGGUUCCUUGCCAGCCAGGUAUUUCAAAAAUCUUAAUGCCAUGAUGGACUUUGGUGAAGCUGAGAGAAGGUUGCAAUACAUGGGUGAGAAUUAUUAUCAAGAUUCUGUGAUGGUAACUUGGAAAGGAUUUGACUAUCAACUAGUGAAAAUUAUCACUGUUUUCACUACCAUUGAUUUCUCAAAUAAUCAUUUUCAUGGAGAGAUUCCAAAAGUAAUUGGGAAGCUUCAUGCUCUUCGUCUUCUCAAUCUUUCUCAAAACAACCUAAUAGGUUGUAUCCCACCAUCUAUUGGGAAUAUGAGUGAUCUGGAAUCCUUAGACCUUUCUUCAAAUAAGUUGGUCGGGAAAAUUCCUGGGCAAUUGACCAAAUUGAAUUUUCUUGGAUUUCUGAAUUUGUCAAAAAAUCAUCUCAGCGGACCCAUACCUCGAGACAACCACUUUGAUACCUUCCCAAACAAUUCAUAUGAUGGGAAUUUGGCAUUAUGUGGAUUUCCUUUGUCAAACACAUGUGAAACUUAUAAGAAGAUAGCACAACUACUCUUAAAAUCAGAUGAUGGUGAAUCUUCAAAUGGUUUUGGUUGGAAAGCAGUGUUGAUUGGCUACGGAUGUGGAAUGGUGUUAGGAGUUACGAAGGGAUAUCUUGUGUUCUCAACAAGAAAGCCUCUAUGGGUUAUAAGGAUUGUUGAAGGAAGACAACCUGGAAAGGGGAGAAGGCUAUACAACAAACGUGGAAGAAGCACUUAG